AUGAAGUUCAAUUUGGCCACGGGCCUGUUAUGCUUGCUUGCAACUUCUGAGGUCGUUGCAGCCACCAGCUGGUGGAACAAAGCUGUUUACAACAAAUGGCACGAGACCGAGCUGGAGCGAUGGCUAUCCGACCAUGGUAUGAUAGCACCAACACCUUCCCUGAUGUUGGAAGCGUGCCAUAAACCAAAAGAUUUUUCACACGCUAACGUCGCUUCUCCCAAAUCAGAUAUUCCCUACCCUACCCCAGCUGACCGUCGCGAUCUGGAGAACCUGGUCAAGACCAACUGGGAGGCCCGCGUUCAGAAACCUCUCGGUAAUGCCGUAGAUCGCGUCAGCGAAGAAGUUCAUGAUGCCAAGGAAUGGGUCUUUGACACCUGGACGGAGUCUCAGUUGAAGUCAUUCCUCGACCGCCACGGUAUCCCCGCACCUCAGCCCCGUCACCGCGACUCUCUGAUCAAGGCCGCCCGUGAGAACUACGAGUCCAUUGCCAAGAAGACUGGCGAGACCGCUGCCUACCCUGGCAAUUGGCUGUAUGAGAACUGGUCCGAAUCCGACCUGAAGCAGUGGCUUGAUGAGCGUGGUUGGCCCGCGCCCCAGCCCACCUCUCGUGACAAGCUGAUCGCGUCUGUGCGCCGCAACUCCCGCCUGGCUAGUCUGCAAGCUCAGAGCAUCUCGGCCUCUGCCAGCGCCUCGGCCGCGGCCGCCCAGGCCUCCUUGAGCGAGGAAUUGUUCAAUGCUUGGUCCGAUUCCCAGCUGAAGAAGUUCCUCGAUGAACAUGACGUCAAGGUCCCCCAGGGCUCUAAGCGCAAUGAGCUUGUUGCACUGGCUCGCAAGCACCGUGCUUACCUCGUCAACCAGGCCUCCAGUGCCGCCUCCAGUGCCUCCUCCACUGCUUCCGAUGCUUUUGAGGCCGCCACCACCAAGGCCGGAAACGAGUUUGCCAAAGCCACCGAUGACAUCAAGCUGAAGGUUGACGAUCAGUUCAACGAUGCCAUCAACACCUGGUCUGAGUCGCGCCUCAAGGCGUUCCUGGAUGCUCGCGGCGUGCCCGUCCCUCAAUCUGGCAAGCGGGACGAGUUGGUCGCCAAGGUGCGGUCCAGCGCGCACCGUGCUGCUGGUGGAUGGACUGUCAACAACUUUGACACCUGGGAUAAGGAGCACCUUAUCAAGUACCUGUCUGCCCAGGGUGAAAAGGUUGAGAAGAAGACUGAAGCUUCCCGGGAUCAGCUCCUGAAGCAGGCUCGCAACUCGUACGCCAAGGCCUCUAAGGCUGGUGGCGAGCAAUACGCGUCUGCGACCAAGAAUAUCGCCGAAGCUACCGGUACUGCCAAGCAAGCCACUUUUGACAACUGGUCGGAGUCUGACUUGAAGAGUUUCUUGGACUCCUAUGGCAUCCCCGUCUACCAGGGAUCUAACAUCAACGAGCUGCGUGCCGCUGCCCGUCGUCAGGCCACUUUCUUCUCUUAUGGCACCACUACCCCCCAAGAGACCAUCUACGCCAAGAUGAUGGAGAACGUGAACUGGAUCCUCGAGAAGCUGAAGAUGGGUGCUUCCAGUGGUCGUGCUCAGGGCCAAGAGGCUGCCGAGAAGGCCCGCGAAAAGGCUGCCGAGCAGACCGAGAAGGUUCGCAACGAGCUGUAA